GACCGCCUGGACUUCGUAUAAAAGUGGUGCGGGGUCCUGGACCAGGCACAUUUGCAGUUCGCUCCCGAAGGCAAAUUAUCCAUCCCAUCACCAUGUACAAGCUGGUUGUCCUCGCCGCCGUGCUGGCCGUCGCCGCCGCCAAGCCCGCCCCCGGUCUCCUGGCCUACUCUGGCGUCCCCGCCCUUCACAGCGGAGUGAUUGCUGCCAGCCCCCUUGCCUACUCGGCCUACUCUGCCCCCGCCAUCGCCGCCCCUCUUGCCUACUCCGCCCCCGUGGCUGUGGCUGCCCCCGUCGCCGCCCCCGUCGCCUACUCCGUGCCUGCUGCCCACUCCUACGUGUCCGGCUACAACGUCGCCGUCCACGCUGAGCCCGUCGAGCAGCACGGCUACAAGAUCGCCUACUAAAUGCACCGCCAACCUCUAUUUAUGACCCCUUCAUUCAGUCCGGAGAAAUAAACUACAUCUCUUAAUGUCUGCUUGUA